GAAUUUCGGCGCCGUAAUGGCGGCGCUAUCCCAUGGUGCACCGCGGCGGUUUCGUUGUCAUGGCGACGGCAAAAGCGUAAAGCGGAAGUGGAGGAAAAGGGGGCGUGGUUUACAGAGGGGCGUGUCCCCAGCGGCGGCGCUGAUUGGUGGAGCGCGGUGACGUCACUGCCCAGCGCCCACCGGGAGCGAGGCCGGCCCGGGGCCAUGAAGGAAGCCCCGCCCCGCCCCACCCCAGUGGGUGGAGCCACGCCCACCAGAAUGGGCGGAGCCUCCCCAAGCCCCGCCCCUUUGGCAGAGGGGGCGGGGCCUGAUCGCUCAUUAGUGGGCGUGGCCUCGAGCAGGGGGCGUGGCCAGCACAGGCCCCUCCCCCUGCGCUGUUACCGGCGCCGCGGGCGGCGGCUCCGCCUCUUCCGGUGGCUCCGCCUCCUUUUAUCCCGGGGGGCGGGGCUUUGGGGCGCCAGGCCACGCCCCCGCCGGGCCACGCCCACCCAGGGGCGGGGCAAACCCCUCGUCCAAUCGAAACCGAGCGAGGGGAUGCUCCGCCCACUGGCGGGGUUGGACACGCCCCUUUCCGCCAUGGACACGCCCCUUUCGUCGCUGGCCACGCCCCUUCUGGCGAUGGACACGCCCCUUUCGUCGCUGGCCACGCCCCUUUCCGGCAUAGACGCGCCCCUCCCCCCGCCCGGGGUGGGGGAGGGGGGGGACGGAGGUCCUGCCCAGAACGGUUUGGGGGCGGGGCCAGGCCCGGGCUGCCCCUCCCCCCCCUGCCCGGGGCCAAUCCUGAUCAGCAACGUCACCGGAGGGGGCGGGGCCGAGGCGGGGCCACGCCCCCCGGCGAGUUUGGCCACGCCCCCCGCCCGGGCCACGCCCCCCGGGGGUCAGCCCAGCCCCCCCCUGCGGGAGGAGCACGUGACCUGCGUGCAGAGCAUCCUGGACGAGUUCCUUCAGGCCUACGGGAGCCUCAUCCCCGUCAGCGCCGACGAAGUCGUGGAGAAGCUCGAGGACAUUUUCCAGCAGGAGUUCAGCACCCCCCAGAGGCGCGGCUCGGUGCAGCAGCUGCUCCAGUCCUACCAGCGGCUCCCCGGCUCGGCGCUGCUCCGCGGGUUCCGCGUCAGCUACAAGCGCCACGUGCUCACCAUGGACGACCUGCAGACGCUCUACGGCCCCAACUGGCUCAACGACCAGGUGAUGAACAUGUACGGGGACCUGGUGAUGGACGCCGUGCCCGACAAGGUGCAUUUCUUCAACUCCUUUUUCUACGACAAACUUCGCACCCGCGGCUACGAGGGCGUCCAGCGCUGGACCAAAAACGUGGACAUUUUCGGGAAGGAGCUGCUGCUGAUCCCCAUCCACCUGGAGGUUCACUGGUCGCUGGUGGCCGUGGACGUGGGGCGCAGAACCAUCACCUACUUCGACUCCCAGCGAACCCUCAACCGCCGCUGCCCCAAGCACAUCUGCCGCUACCUGCAGGCGGAGGCGGACAAGAAGGAGCGGCCGGAUUUCCGCGAGGGAUGGAGGGGCGCCUUCAAAAUGAACGUGGCCCGGCAGAACAACGACAGCGACUGCGGCGCCUUCGUGCUGCAGUACUGCAAAUUCCUGGCCCUGGGCCGCCCGUUCAGCUUCACGCAGCAGGACAUGCCCCACCUGCGCCGCCUGAUGUACAAGGAGCUCUGCCACUGCCAACUCGCCCUUUGACCCCCAAAAUUUUGGGAAUUCCUCCCAAAUUCCCAAAUCCCC